UUUUUUCGUUUAUUUUUCUCUUGUAAAUUUCAAAAAAAAAUAAAAAUAUUUUCACGAAAGUUUAUAAUAAAAUCUUAUUUAUUUUUUUUCGGAAAUUAAAAAUGAGCGAAGAAGGAGGUGUUUCAUUGAAGGAAAAUUUAUUGACUUAUUACGACAAAUUACAAUGUGAUCCCUGUUGUAAUUCACUGUUAAAACAAAAUUUUACGAAGGAUGUUAUCGAAGAAAUUGGCAAUAAAGUAACUAAUUCGGGAUGCACAUUAUCAGAUUGUAUAAAAUCGGGUGUCGAAAAUCCUGAUUCAUCUACUGGAAUAUAUGCGGCAGAUGCAGAAAGUUAUACCCUUUUCGCACCAUUAUUUAGACCGAUCAUCGAAAAAUAUCACGGAUCGAUUAAGCACCCAUUUGUCGACUUUGGUAAUCCCGAAACGAUCAAUUUUGCUAAUUUAGACCCAACCGGUGAAUACAUUAUAUCCACUCGUAUCAGAGUUGGUAGAAACGUUGAAGGCUAUCCAUUUACUGCCACGAUUAGUCGAGAUCAACAAGAAGCGCUGGAAACAAAAAUUAAAGAGGCCUUGACGCAUUUUGACGGGGAUUUAGAAGGAACAUAUUGUCCCUUACCUGGAAUGGACGAUCCCACCAGAGAUCAAUUAGUUGAAGAUCAUUUCUUAUUUCAACAAGGGGAUCGCUUUCUGCAAAGUGCCGGAGGGUAUAGAAAUUGGCCACAUGGUCGCGGAAUAUUCUUUAACAAAACGAAAACAUUCUUAAUAUGGAUCAACGAAGAGGAUCAUUUGAGGAUUAUAUCUAUGGAACAGGGCGCCAAUUUUGACUCCGUAUACAAGCGGCUGAUGAGAGGAAUAAAAAUUUUAGAACAACACGUAUCCUUCUAUCGAGAUGACGAAUUGGGGUACCUAACGUUUUGUCCUACGAAUCUUGGGACGACGAUUAGGGCUAGCGUCCAUAUUAAAAUACCUAAGCUAUCUUCGCAACCAAAUUUUAAGGAGUUUUGUUUGGGAUUAAAUCUUCAAGUCAGAGGUACACACGGAGAACACACCGAUACGAAAGGCGGUGUUUAUGAUGUAUCGAAUAAAAGAAGAAUGGGUUUGACAGAGAUAGAAGUUAUAAGAGAGAUGUAUAAUGGCAUAACACAAAUUAUCGAAAAGGAAAAAUCUCUGUGAUUCUGUUAUUUCAUUUUUGGCCUGCCCGAUGUUUUGCACUAUAAUAGCUCCAUUUUAAUGUUUUGUGAUAUUUUUUUUAGUUAAUCUUUAUAUAAGGCACCUUUUUUUUUGCAAAGAAUUAUUAUAAUAUCUUUUAUAUAGCACUUGUUACUUUUUUUAAACAAAUAACACAAAAAAAAAUAAUUAA